CAGAGGAGCCGAGCGCUCGGAGCUCAGAAACUGCCAGCCAAGAUCGCAGGCUCAGAGGCUGAAGCGGGAGGAAUGAAGGACUAAAAGGAAAAGAGACAGGUUAGAGGGAAAGAGGCUCGGGUAGGAAAGAGCAGGAAAGAGACUGCCCGCUACACUCCCAGGGAGGCAACUACCGCUGGAGAUGAGGACAGAGAGAGACAAGACCGCGAAAGCCAAAAACUACAAAUAGAGCUAAAGAAGACGAAGAAAAAAAAAAAUGUCAAGAACAUUCAACCGGAGAAAUGAAGAGAAUGAAAGUUUUAUGCUGCAGAGCUGUUCCUUGUUUUUCCGGCACAAUAUUCUCUCGCUGUUCGUAAGCCCUCUCGCGUUUGCCAGCCGUUGACAUUAAGAGGCAUGUUCAGCGGUGCCAGCUGCAUCUCCUCUUCCUUCUCCUCUUCCUCUUCAUCUUCCUCCUCCUUCUUUCCCUCCUCCUCAUUCUCCUCCCAUCAGCAAGCAGACACACCGAGGACAGUCUUGAAAUAUCGAAAUUUCCUCCUUGGGAUUUGCCAGCGCCGCGUUGCGCCAAGACUGUCGGAAUAAAGGACGCUGACUAUUGUAUUAUCAUUAUUUUAUUAAUUGGUCAGAGGGAAGAUUACAGAUGAGGGAAGGGGACAUCUGUCACCCUUCCUGAGCUAAGAUUGAAAAAUGAGGCUGGAUUGGAGGAGGCUCUAAAAUGAAGCAAGAAGAAUAAGAUUUUUAAAGACAGAAAGCUCAGGAGCCCCCCCCCCGCAGUACACUUUUAUUUGUAUUUUUUUAGAUUUUUUUUGGUGUUAGUGGGGGAGGUGAUUGGGUGGCUGACUGGCUGAAGGAAGCGGCUUCCUUUCCUUUUGGAGAUGAUUGUGCUAUUAUUCUUUGCCUUGCUCUGGAUGGUGGAAGGAGUCUUUUCCCAGCUUCACUACACAGUGCAGGAGGAGCAGGAACAUGGCACUUUCGUGGGGAAUAUCGCUGAAGAUCUGGGCUUGGACAUUACAAAACUUUCAGCUCGCAGGUUUCAGACGGUGCCCAACUCACGGACCCCUUACUUGGACCUCAACCUGGAAACCGGGGUGCUGUACGUGAACGAGAAGAUCGACCGCGAGCAAAUCUGCAAGCAGAGCCCCUCCUGUGUCCUGCACCUAGAAGUCUUCCUGGAGAACCCCCUGGAGCUGUUUAGGGUGGAGAUUGAGGUGCUGGACAUAAAUGACAACCCCCCUUCCUUCCCGGAGCCGGACCUGACGGUGGAAAUCUCUGAGAGCGCCACGCCAGGUACCCGCUUCCCUUUGGAGAGCGCGUUCGACCCAGACGUGGGUACCAACUCCUUGCGCGACUACGAGAUCACCCCCAACAGCUACUUCUCCCUGGACGUACAGACCCAGGGGGAUGGCAACCGAUUCGCCGAGCUGGUGCUGGAGAAGCCGCUGGACCGAGAACAGCAAGCGGUGCACCGCUACGUGCUGACCGCGGUGGACGGGGGAGGCGGGGGAGGCGCCGGCGAAGGCGGGGGCGGCGGCGGGGGAGCGGGCCUGCCCCCCCAGCAACAGCGCACGGGCACGGCCCUACUCACCAUCCGAGUGCUGGACUCCAACGACAACGUGCCGGCUUUUGACCAACCCGUCUAUACUGUGUCCCUCCCCGAGAACUCGCCCCCGGGCACGUUAGUGAUCCAGCUCAACGCCACGGACCCGGACGAGGGCCAGAACGGCGAGGUCGUGUACUCCUUCAGCAGCCACAUUUCGCCCCGGGCUCGGGAGCUCUUCGGACUCUCGCCGCGCACCGGGCGGCUGGAGGUGAGCGGGGAGCUGGACUAUGAAGAGAGCCCGGUGUACCAGGUGUACGUGCAAGCCAAGGACCUGGGCCCCAACGCUGUGCCUGCGCACUGCAAGGUGCUGGUGCGAGUGCUGGAUGCUAACGACAACGCGCCGGAGAUCAGCUUCAGCACGGUGAAGGAGGCGGUGAGCGAGGGCGCGGCGCCGGGCACCGUGGUGGCUCUGUUCAGCGUGACCGACCGAGACUCGGAGGAGAAUGGGCAGGUGCAGUGCGAGCUGCUGGGGGACGUGCCCUUCCGCCUCAAGUCUUCCUUCAAGAACUACUACACCAUCGUGACCGAGGCCCCCCUGGACCGAGAGGCUGGGGACUCCUACACCCUGACCGUGGUGGCCCGGGACCGGGGCGAGCCAUCGCUCUCCACCAGUAAGUCCAUCCAGGUGCAAGUGUCAGAUGUGAACGACAACGCGCCGCGCUUCAGCCAGCCGGUCUACGACGUGUAUGUGACCGAAAACAACGUGCCAGGCGCCUACAUCUACGCGGUGAGCGCCACCGACCGCGACGAGGGGGCCAACGCCAAGAUAGAAUACUCUAUACUCGAGUGCCAGAUCCAGGGCAUGAGCGUUUUCACCUACGUGUCCAUCAACUCUGAGAAUGGCUACUUGUACGCCCUGCGAUCCUUCGACUACGAGCAGCUCAAGGACUUCAGCUUUCAGGUGGAAGCCCGGGACGCCGGCAGCCCCCAGGCGCUGGCGGGCAACGCCACCGUGAACAUCCUCAUCGUGGAUCAGAACGACAACGCCCCUGCCAUCGUGGCGCCCUUGCCCGGGCGCAAUGGGACUCCAGCCCGCGAGGUGCUGCCCCGCUCUGCGGAGCCGGGUUACCUGCUCACUCGCGUGGCCGCAAUGGAUGCGGACGACGGCGAGAACGCCCGGCUCACCUACAGCAUCGUGAGGGGCAACGAAAUGAACCUCUUCCGCAUGGACUGGCGCACGGGCGAGCUCCGCACGGCUCGCCGGGUUCCAGCCAAGCGCGACCCCCAGCGGCCUUACGAGCUGGUGAUCGAGGUGCGCGACCACGGGCAGCCGCCCCUGUCCUCCACCGCCACUCUGCUGGUCCAGCUAGUGGAUGGCGCCGUGGAGCCCCAGGGCGGGGGCGGGGGCGGAGGCGGAGGGUCAGGGGAGCACCAGCGCCCCAGCCGCUCUGGCGGCGGGGAAACCUCGCUGGACCUCACUCUCAUCCUCAUCAUAGCGCUGGGCUCGGUGUCCUUCAUCUUCCUGCUGGCCAUGAUCGUGCUGGCUGUGCGCUGCCAAAAAGAGAAAAAGCUCAACAUCUACACGUGUCUCACCAGCGACUGCUGCCUCUGCUGUUGCUGCUGUGGCGGUGGGGGGUCGACCUGCUGUGGCCGCCAAGCCCGGGCGCGCAAGAAGAAGCUCAGCAAAUCGGACAUUAUGCUGGUGCAGAGCUCCAACGUCCCGAGCAACACGGCCCAGGUGCCCGUGGAGGAGUCCGGGGGCUUUGGCUCUCACCACCACAACCAGAAUUACUGCUACCAGGUCUGCCUGACCCCAGAGUCCGCUAAGACCGAUCUGAUGUUCCUUAAGCCCUGCAGCCCUUCGCGGAGCACGGACACUGAGCACAAUCCCUGUGGGGCCAUCGUCACUGGCUACACCGACCAGCAGCCCGACAUCAUCUCCAACGGAAGCAUUUUGUCCAACGAGACUAAACACCAGCGAGCAGAGCUCAGCUAUCUAGUUGACAGACCUCGUCGAGUUAACAGUUCUGCAUUCCAGGAAGCGGACAUAGUAAGCUCUAAGGAUAGUGGUCAUGGGGACAGUGAGCAGGGAGACAGUGACCAUGAUGCCACCAACCGCGGCCAGUCAGCUGGUAUGGAUCUGUUCUCCAACUGCACUGAGGAAUGUAAAGCACUGGGCCACUCAGAUAGGUGCUGGAUGCCUUCUUUCGUCCCUUCCGAUGGACGCCAGGCUGCUGAUUAUCGCAGCAAUUUGCAUGUUCCUGGCAUGGACUCUGUUCCAGACACUGAGGUGUUUGAAACUCCAGAAGCCCAGCCUGGGGCAGAGUGGUCUUUCUCCACCUUUGGCAAAGAGAAGGCCCUGCAUAGCACCCUGGAGAGGAAGGAGCUGGACGGACUGCUGACUAAUACACGAGCGCCUUACAAACCACCAUAUUUGACACGGAAAAGGAUAUGCUAGUCAAUUCUACAGAACUUACCUGAAGCAGCAUGAUUUGCACAAUGUCGACCAACAAAAGCAUCAACUUUUCAACUUCAUUAUCUUGGCCAUCCCGUUAGUUGUGUGUAACUGAGUAUUAGAUUUCCGGCGGAGUCAUCGUGGCCAAUUAUAGGACCUAAUUGCUCUCAGCAGGCCUGAGAAAUGAGUUGAAAUGUGCAGAACUGUAGAAACUUUAGAGGCAACUGAUUUUGCCUCUCUGAUCAGUGUGUGCCUGUUUACAGCACUAUAUAUCUUUCUCUCUCCAAAUGUCACUGAGCCCUUUAGAUGUUUAUAUUCACCACAAGAAGCCAGUCAUAAAGAAAGGAAAUUUGUGCAUUAUAAAUGCAAUAUCACUGUUUUAAACUUGACUGUUUUAUAUUAUUUUUGUGUGAUCAAGUGUUCCCCAGACUAUUCCAACUUUACAAGAGAGAUUGUGAUUAUGUUCUUUUCACCUGUGGGUUAUAAAAUAUGUUGUAUUAUGGAGACCCACAAAAUAUCAAAGACAUUCUGUAGUUUAUACACCGUGUUGCAAAGUGUUUACUGUACUAUUUCAAAGCUUCUAAAUAAAUAUAAAAUAUAUAUAUUAUAUUAUAUAAUUUUCCUAAAAUGUGGUACAAAUCAGUUGGUUUUUAAACGGAUUCAUAGUCCACAUCAUACAAUAACAUAAAAGGUAAUUCAGGGUCCCAAAGAUAAACUUACUAAGAAGAAAGAAUUGUCAGUAGUUUCCUGCCAGUUUUCAUAUCUUGCUCAACCCUGUUUUUCCUUGUUUAAAAGAAAAUGAAGCUCUAAGCUACAAAAUUUUGUCAAGAACUCAUCCUGAAUUUUCAAUGCCAAAGAUGUAGCUGUCCAUAUUAUCUGAUGGAGCACUGAUAUGUACUAUCAAAGUAUCUAACAAUCUACAUGAUUCUAAUUCUCUUUCUAUGGCUUUGAAUUUAGAAUCACUUAAAGCUUUUAUAACCUAUAAAUCACCUGUAUUUGUUGUUAGGAAAAAGAACUGGGUGUCUGUACAUUUUGUGGUGUAAAGUAUGUAACUGAAGAUUACUAUUUUAAGAAGUCCUCAAUCAUAUAACUCACACAGAAUUUUAUUUUACAUCGUUUUCCAUAGUUUUGUGACUCUCAUUUACACAUGAAUAUAAAAUUAUUUAUAACUCUAUAUAAAUAUGUGAGCUGAUAAAAAAUAUAAAAUAUAAAGGAUCUCUAAAUUUAGACUAAAUAAAUUUAGAGGUAGGAAUGUGGUACCUAUUCUCUCAGUAUUAUUUAGGAAAGUUUUGUAGCUUCAGUGUGGUGUUUUAUUAAAUGAGAAAAUUUUUCAUGAUACAGCCUAGAAUAUAAGCUUGGCUUUUACUUUUAUGUCAACAAGUUUAAUUAUUAAAUUAAGUAAGAUAUGUUUCCUUUCUUUUACAUAUUUUUACUGCUGUUUAUUGCUUCUUGAACUAUAAUUAAGAAAAGGAAAAAUCAGAGCAUGUGAGGUAAUCUUGCAAGCAAAAACAGUCUUAACAGGUCUCUUCCCUCUAAAAAAAAGCCCUUCAAAAUUAUAUCAACAUGUUUGCCCAGUGCAAAUUACAGAACUACUUCAAAGUAUUUCCCUUUUUUCCUAACUGAUCUUAUGUUCAAUGAGAGUUUGAGCUGCACAUUGCUACUAAACAAUAGAUAGAAAUUCAGCUGGAAGACUUGAGCUUAAUCCUCAGCACUAAAAAAACAAGGAAAAAAAGACUAAAAAGGAACAGGUGUUCUCCAUCUAAUUUUAUGUAAUUUAUAUUACAGUUUUCUUCUGCGAUUUAACAUUAAAAUGCAUAAAUGUAUUCAUCAGUCCUUGAUGUAUGUUUUGAGUGAUAUCUUGGUAUCAUUCAUUUGGCUGUUAACAAGUUAGAUAAUAACAUGUCAUAAUUGCAGUUUAUAUAUCGAGAAAAGUACGUAAUGUUCCAAUUUGUUGAGGAACUCUAACGAGGAAACUAAUCAAUCAUGUGUAAUACAAAAGCACAUAUGUUCACUAAGUGCAGUAACAUUUUCUCAAACUAUUGGCAUUUACUACAUUAAUAUUUUGAAUGAUAGGCUAUUUUAGUAAGAAAAUGUUUAUAUAUUAUUUAACUGCAAAAGUCUGUUUGUUCUAUUUGCUUUUUAAGCAAGGAAAGGAUUUUCUUGUUGAAUUGCUCUGCUGUAAAAUCUUUCAUACAUCAUUUUAAAAUCACGGGGGGAAUUUACAUUCACCUUUUUUAUUACAUAAACUGAAAGUAAGGUUGUGCUUAUUUCAUAUAUGACAGAUAUAUUACUUCAGUUGAUAUAGACAUUUUCUUUAGUUAUUUAAUCCACUAUAUCAUUGUAUGAUUUGCUUAAGCAGACUUAUUAUACCAUUUAUUUAUGUAUCAGCUAUUUUGAAAACUAUAUGGUAGUAAUUCAUGGUAAAAUUUACAUCUUAGCCCUUAAAUUACUUAUCAUUCUAUUAAGAAAAAAAAAACAACAACGCUUUUUAUCUACUUUUUGGGUAGACUUAUUUAAACUUAAAACCCUGACAGAUUAGAUCCUUAAUCAACUGUUGCAUUCCGAAUGAAUCAGAAGUUAGGGUAAACAUAUGACCUUAGUAGUUUGAAUAAAAUGUCAUCCAUCAAGGAAUGCAACUAUAACACAGAAAGGGUAUCUAACUAGUAAUAAAGUUUUUCAAAUAAGCAUUUACUAAGUUAGCAUGUCAAGAAAUUUUAGCAUAGACUUUCUAUUUCUGAUAAUUUUCACAUCCAAUCUUCCAUAAGUUCAUACACAUCAAAGAAAAAUAACAUUAAGGUUAUUAAAAACAUGUCCUUGAUACAUUAUUUUAGAAAAAAGAAUCACGACACUUACUUGUUGUUAACAUUAUUAGUGAUAGAAAAGUAAAGGUUAAAAAAUUUUCCUGUGGAAAUGGUGUCUUAAUGUUUCAAUGGUAUGUCAAAUGACAAUCUUUAGAAAUAUUUCAUCUACAUGUAAAAUGCUAACUUUAAACUUGUGAACAUAAUUUUGUGAAAUCAUUUUGAAUCAAAUAUUGAAAUAUUGUGCCAGAAUUACUUUAAAGGUAUCAUGAUAUCAAUAACAUGACUAUAUCAUCUUUUCUUGGAAAAUAUUAAGAAAACAUGUACAUUUUACUUUCAGAAGAUAUUAAAUGCAAUGCCUUUAUCAAACAUUGCUAAUUAAGAACUAUAGUAGAA